UGGCCGCACUUCCCGUCGGGGAGAGAGUGUAAUAUGGCGAAGACCUACGAUUACCUGUUCAAGCUGCUGCUGAUCGGGGACUCGGGGGUGGGGAAGACCUGUGUCCUGUUCCGCUUCUCCGAGGACGCCUUCAAUUCCACUUUCAUCUCCACUAUAGGAAUUGACUUUAAAAUUAGGACCAUAGAGCUUGAUGGCAAGAGAAUUAAACUACAGAUAUGGGACACAGCCGGCCAGGAACGGUUUCGGACAAUCACAACAGCCUACUACAGGGGCGCAAUGGGCAUCAUGCUGGUCUACGACAUCACCAACGAGAAGUCCUUUGACAACAUCCGGAACUGGAUUCGGAACAUUGAGGAGCACGCCUCUGCAGAUGUUGAAAAGAUGAUACUUGGGAACAAGUGUGAUGUGAACGACAAGAGACAAGUGUCCAAGGAACGGGGAGAGAAGGCAUUUUUCACUCUUGCCAGAGAUAUCAAAGCAAAAAUGGACAAAAAAUUGGAAGGCAACAGCCCCCAGGGGAGCAACCAGGGAGUCAAAAUCACACCAGACCAGCAGAAGAAGACCAGCUUUUUCCGAUGUGUUCUUCUGUGAGGAACGCCGCCUUACUCUGAGCCUUGCUCAGCCGAGCUGACUGUGCCUGUCCUGAGUGAGCCCUUCACUCAGCCGGGGCCUUCCCCCCUCCAAUGCCCCUGCCAUGGCCACCGGGCCCAGGGCCACCAGAACACAAUUGAGAAAUUGUUUAUUUUAGUAACUGUCUGAUCUUUUUCAACUUUGGAGAUGAAAUAAGUUAAGGAUUUGCUAUUUUUCCCGCGAUGUCCACCGAACUGGCCCAUGCAUUGUGUACCUGGAGAGAAAGAUGGAGACAUCAUGACCAGCAAAAGUGACCAGUGUGGUGGGCCUCCAUCUCUGGGGCGUGACAUAACUAAAAUUCUACUGCAAAGCCUGUCUACAUCUCCCACCACAGAAGCAAGGUUCCCAAAGGCCAGUGAUGGUUCCAGGAGUGCUGAGCUUUGCACCCUCAGUGAGGUGACCCAAUCAGGCCCAGGAAGCGUCCGCCGACAUGUCUGACACCCAUUUUCACCUUUUCUCUGUUUUGGACAAGUGACAAAAACAUUUCUUAUUUCCCCCUCCCUCCUCUUUUUGACUCUCAAACCAAAGGAAAGCACAAAUUAAGGAAAUCCUGUGUAGAGCGCUCGGACGGAAGGAGGAGUGGAGGGGCCUUUCCUGUUCACAGCAGGUUUCGGUCUACAGUCCAGCCAGGCCUCGGGCGUGGUCAGUGGACCUCGGCAGUCCCUGUCUGAUCAUCAAGGGGACACCAUGCAUCCCACGGGUGACCCCAAAAAUGCAACCACACACUCUUCACCCACAAUUAGGGAGUUCACCUCUUGGCCCCUAAACAGCCCCACUCCUCUUUGUCCUCCCACAGUCUCUAAAUCAGACAUUCUUUCUAGCUGAGAUUUUUAUUUGUCCAGAUCUUUAGUGCCAUGAAGUGAUUCCAUCUUUGAUUUCUGAUGGCAGACCCAGGGGACCAGGGACACGUAUGUACCUGUGGCUGGAUGUGGCCAAGAUUAUGAAGCAUCCCUGGUGACAGACUGACCACAGAGCUGCCUGGGCUGGUUUUUAACUGCUGUCAUUGGUUCUGUUUCGACAGCCCUACCUUCCCGUAGAGAGUGUGCAUUUGAGACCAGGUCUGAGGGGUGUCACCAGGGAGCCUUUAUAUUUCUUUUUCUUAUACCCCACCCCAAGCUGCUGUCUACCCAAGCCAUUGGCAUCAUAAUUUCUUUUUUGAAUUAAAACCAAUGUACCAGCCACAGUCUGCUGUUCCCUUGGAAUUUCUUAAUAUGCUCUGUUUACAUCAUUAAACACUUAAGGAAAACAACAAAUUAAAGCUCAUUUUAAAGUUCCUAGAUUUUUAUGUCCACAGUUAUCUGUAGGUGGAGAAAUGUGUCUAGGCAUUGGAUGGUGGGUUUGCAGAAUGCCCAUUAAAACACAGUUCAGGGCAGGACAGUGUUGCUCAGUGGAUUGCGCAUCAUCCCGUGGACUGAGAGGUUCCUGUUCAAUUCCCAGUCAGG